ACCGCCGCCUCUGGAUGUGAGAGCGGGGAAGCAGGAGGCCGGGAACAUGGACUCGGAGUCGCUGGACGGCUGCAUCCAGAGCACGUUAUCGGUGCUCUACCCUCCGUUCGAGGCCACCGCGGCCACCGUGCUGUGCCAAGUGUUGGACGUGGUGGAGAAGACGUACCGUGGAGAUGGACUGCGCUACCUCAUAGACUUCCUGAUCCCAGCGAAGCACAUCCUGCAGUGCGUUCAGCAGGAUGCCUGUGUUCAGUACUGUGGCUUGCUCUUCCGGCACGAGGGCUGGCCCCUAUGUAUUCACGAGAAGAUUGUAGUCCAACUAGCUUCCCUCGACUGGCGAAUCUUAAAGCCCGGUGACUUCUACCUGCAGGUGGUUCCCUAUCUGAAGAAGUCCCCGCGAGUUGUCCUGAAAUGUCUGGCGAAAGACCAACACAACGUGGAAGAGAUUGUGAUUCCCGAAGUCUCCUAUACCUCUAUUUUUACGCUGGAAUGGUUGAGUACUAUCAAUGGAGAGCGCAUGGGUAUAGCACUGGAAAACUGUUUACUAACCACUAAUGAUAAAAUAUUUCGUGUUCCCUGGGAGAAGGUAGUUAAGCCUGAAUUUAUUAAUAAACCCAAGAUAAUUGAAAAUAAUAUCUUCACUCCAGAAAUUAGAGAAGAGCUUUCCGUUUUGUGCCACCCUAUGGACCAUGCUGAGUACAGCUCACCAGACAUAGGCUCUCAGUAUCUACAGGWGCAAAGUUUGGGUGAAGACAACUUGGUCAUUAGCAGCGCAGCUCCACAACUAAGCMAAACUGUUGUCAAUGGUGUGUGUGCAAGCCCAGUGCCUCAAGAGAACUCGCAAAGUGACCUCGAAGGGGAGUAUGUUGAACUUGCAGAAGUUUCCCUGCCCAGGUUUGGGCCACAAACAGGCUCUUUAACCCAGUCACUAGCUUUAAAUUACAGAACUGAGCCUAGAACAAGAGUGAGUGCACCUAAGGGCACGCGCAGGUCUCUUGUCAUUCAAGACUGCACGUACUUCAAGAGCUUAAGCCAGCCUGCAUUUGCACAGAAAGAGGUCCAUCAGAUGGGCACUCUGAGGACUUCUGCAGAAGUUCUCGACAAUGUAGCUGCUCUGGAAAGCAACAAGAUGAUGGCACAUGGUGGACCGUUUCCUGAAGGUCAGCUGGAAUCAGGUGGCGCAGGGAACAUGGGCAAUCACUUUCCUGGGGCUGUGCCUCCUGCCAGCAGGGUGGAGGAUCAGUCUCCUGCAGAGCAGGAGGGCUGUGGUGAACACUCACUAGACUGGCAGUACGCGCUGUGCAGCUACAGCGACGUGUGUGCUGGAGAUGGCCUUGGCUGCAAAGCACGGCCAGCUGGGGCUCCUGGAAACACAGAGCUGGAAAGCGAUGUUUCUAGUGGAAAAUCCGGUGUUGAAACAGCAGUGCAGAGUCCAGAAAUGCUCCUAGAUGCUGCUGCUGCUGCUAACGAGGAGUCAAUAAAGAGAGCCCUUGGAGAACCACUGGCAAAGAGCCUGAAGGAGGUGGCAAGAGGGGAUCUUUGUCCUGAGUCUGUCACUGGGUCUUACAGACCUGUCUGUGCUCUCAGGGCAGAUUCUGAUGUUUCCUGCCAGAGUGUCAGUGAAACCGUUGGAGCAGUCCAGGCUGCUGCGCCGCUCUCCCCAGCUGAGAGUUCAGGCGUGGGUGUGGAGAGAGGCUUCCCAUCAUCGGAUGACAGGGCAGGUGGCUGCUGCACUUAUCAGGAAGCAAAUCUUAGUUCUUCCUUAAAUCCUCCAGAGCUGUUAGACCAAGAGAAACUAGAUGAAUUAGAGGUGGAAAGAAGAGAAAGUUCCGAGGAAGUCGAAGUGAUGGAGAAAACGUGGACUCCAAAAGAGAAUCAGAGUAGCCAUAAUGACUGCUCUGUCAAAGGUCCAGUGGAUGGACUCAUGUCAGAAGAUAAAGAGCAAGAGAUCGCUGCCUGUGAGCAUAAGAGAGCUGAAGAAGCCCUGGCAGCAGGGAGCGAUCAGCAGGCAGAACCCUUAGAUAACAGCAGUUCUUCAGUGCACGUGGAUGCACAGCCAGAAAGCUCGAGUGAAGUCAAAACACACAGGAAUGGAGAGAGAUGUGAGGAGCCACAAAGUCAGGCAGAAAACCAGGGCAGUAAAAGUGAAGUGGACUCAGUGCUGAGAGCAGAGCCUGUUGCAGCACAGGGCUUGGGAGGAGAGGAGGACCAGGGAAGUGUUUCUGAGGGGAAAAAGUCAAAGAUUGAGAGUGAGUGUGUGGCCUUGAAAACACUGGAAUCCAUUAAAGAAGAACUGGAACCUGGACUGCUGUCCUCAGGACCUGUUGAGGGACACAUGGAUCCCACCGCCCUGCACUCCCACCGAGAGGCAGCUUCAGGGAUGUCAUCUCCUGCAGGGCCCAUGUCAGAAGGGGGAGAGACGAGAAAAGAAGCCACUGACACUGAUGCCUUGAAGCCAGUGGGGAAAGUCCUCCAGGAAACCUCGGCAGCUGCUGCUCCUGUGACACCCCCAGCUUCUGGGACCACCUGGGGGGGUCGAUCUGCCCCCACCAUCGCCAAGGAUGUGAACCUAGAAGUUCUCAGGAGUGGAGUUGCCUGCCUGCCCGGUACUAGGGAUAAAGCGGGCCGGGCCGUGGCCAUCAUAACAACGAGGAGCACAGCGUGGCUGAACCCCCACUGCAACACGGACGAGCUCGUGCGCCUGCUGCUCUACCUGUGCAGCAUCCCCAGGCCAGAAUGCCAGGCCUUGGGUUUGACCGUGCUCGUGGAUGCUCGGCGCUGCUCCCCGCUUCCCGCUCUCUUCAAGGCGUUCAGCAUCCUGCAGGAUAUGGACCCGCACUGUAUUCAUGGAGUCUUGCUUCUGGUUGAAAGAGACCUCACUUUUCGGAUGGAGAAGCCAACAGCGGGACAGUUUGAGCUUCUCACCUCCAUGAAGUCCCUCCAUAAGCACAUAGACGCCUCGCAGCUGCCUCCAGAACUGGAUGGGACCUUCCCUUACUGCCACCAGGACUGGUUAAGCUUCCGCAUGAAGCUGGAGCAUUUGCUGCAAGGAUGCCAAGGUGCCUGUGCCUUCCUCCAGGGAGCCAUUUGUAGUGUGGAGUCUGGAAGCCUCCCGGCAAGAGCUGAGGAGGCAGCGGUUCUGCUGCGGAACUACAGGCAGCUGAUGAAGAACGUCCUUGAAGACACGCGGCUGGUCAAGCUGCAGCUAGAGGGGGGAGCGCUGCUGGCCAGGCUGAGGAAGGAGGAGUCCUGUGUCACCCUCACUCGGGACUACAGAGACGCCCUCGAUGCUGCCGCCGUGCUGUAUAAUCAAGUGGAUGAGGGCGUUCACCGCCUGGUGAUGUUGUCCAACAGACGCAUCCAGGAGCUGGAGCUGGUGAUGGAGUUCGAGAAAGUAGAAGAGUGUUUCAAGGAGGUCAGCAGUUGGAUUGAGAACGUUGGCAGAAAAGGACUGAAGGAAAUGAUCAACCUGGAUGAUUCUUUGGAAAUGCUGCUUCAAACACAAAAGCAGUUCAGAGAAUUUGAUCUUGUUGCCAGUGAGUACUGCAAAAGGGGACAGGAAGCCCUGAAGAAGAUGGACCGAUGGGAAGACUUCUCCUCUGUGGACGUGCACCCGCACAAAGUGAAGCUGCAGGCCUACAGAGAGCAGCUGGAGGAGUUCUGCACUCAGCUGGAUGAGAGCAGGCACCGGCUCUGCGAGACGGUCAGGCUCUAUGAAUUCUUUGACAAGGCGUACGAGUGGGCCUUGGAAGGGAUGCGCCACCUCGCCUGCAUCAGCAUGGAGGAGUGCGUGUCCCCCGAGCACUGCGGCGACGUGCUCAGGUCCCUGGAGAGCUACAAGGGGCAGCACCCGGGCAUCGGCGACGGGCGCUUCCAGGAGAUGAAGGAGCUGGCGCGCGAGCUGAAGAGCGAYGCGGGCCUCAAGCAGUGGAAAUUCGCCUGGGCCAAGUGCCAAGAGACCAAGCUGGUUUUCGAGAAGAAGCUGGAGGCGGCGCUGCGAACGCGCAGGGCUCUGGCCCCGGAGCCGCAGGCCGCCGAGGGGCAGCCGCCCGGCCCGGCCGCCGGGCCGCCCCAGCGCAGGCACUCGGAGGGCACCGCGCCGGCGCCGCACUGGGACAGGGCAUCCUGCUGUAACCGGCCCGGCCGCUCACCGGGCUGGGCGAAGCCGAAAGCGCCCUCGGCCUCCCUGAGCUGCCCGGGGGACGUCGGCGCCGGAGAGGAGUUUGCCCACGCGGGCAGAGGUCCCUUGGGCAGCGCGGCCUCCAAGGCUCCAAAGGCGCCCGAGGAGAAGCCGAACCUGGAGAGCAUCUUGGAGAGCCUGGAAGGGAAACCGUCGCAUGGCCCCGCUGCAGCCUCCUCGAGGAGGCCGCCGCCCAAGAGGCUGCUCCGCAAGGCCCAGAGCUUCGACCUCCCCUGCGGCGAGAGCCUGUGGUCGGGCUGCCAGCGGGCGCUGAGCGAGCCGGCCAGGUACGGCAACACGGGCGUCUUCAUCAAGGGGCUCGAAGUGAGCAGCACGGAGCUGGUGGACAGGACGUUCGCGCUGCGGCAGCCGCCCAGCUGGGCCGCCGGCUGCCUUGCGGACACCGCGCGCGGCUGCGGCGCCGCCGAGGCCAGGAGCUGGGGCAGCAAACUGCGGCACAUCCUUGACGAGAUGGUGACCACGGAGCGCGAGUACGUGAGGUCGCUCUGCUACAUCAUCGACAGCUACUUCCCUGAGAUGGAGCGGCCGGACCUGCCGCAGGACCUGCGCGGCAAGCGCAGCGUCAUCUUCGGCAACGUGGAGAAGCUCUACGACUUCCACAGCCAGUACUUCCUGCGGGAGCUGGAGAGCUGCUGCAACCACCCGCUGCGGGUCAGCCACUGCUUCCUGCGCCACAAGGACCAGUUUGGGAUGUACGCCUUGUAUAGCAAGAACAAGCCCAAGUCGGACUCGCUGCUGGCCAGCCAUGGGAAUACCUUCUUCAAGUUCAAGCAGGUGCAGCUCGGGGACAAGAUGGACCUGGCCUCCUACCUGCUGAAGCCCAUCCAGCGCAUGAGCAAGUACGCGCUGCUGCUGAAGGACCUCAUCAAGGAGUGCGGCGAGGCGCAGGAGGAGCUGGGCUACCUCCGCGCUGCCGAGGAGAUGGUCAAGUUCCAGCUCAGGCACGGCAACGACCUGCUGGCCAUGGACGCCAUCCGUGACUGCGAUGUGAACCUGAAGGAGCAGGGCCAGCUGGUGCGGCAGGACGAAUUCACCAUCUGGCUGGGCCGCAAGAAGUGCCAGAGACACGUCUUCCUCUUCGAGGACCUCAUCCUCUUCAGCAAGCCCAAGAAGAUCGAGGGCGGCUUUGACGUGUACAUCUACAAGCGCUCGUUCAAGACUGCGGACAUCGGCCUCACGGAGAACUCCGGCGACAGCGGGCUGCGCUUCGAGAUCUGGUUCCGAAGGCGGAAAUCCAGCGACACCCACAUCCUACAGGCCAGCACGGCCGAGACCAAGCAGGCCUGGACCAGCGACAUUGCCAAGAUCCUGUGGCAGCAGGCAGCCCGCAAUAAAGAAAUCCGCAUGCAGGAGAUGGUGUCCAUGGGGGUGGGCAACAAGCCCUUCCUGGAUAUCAAGCCGAGCGAGGCCGCUAUCAAUGACCGCGCCAUCGACUACAUCAUGAAGGGCAGAGGCGCCAGGACCAGGGCCUCCAUCGCGGUCUCUCUGUUCGACCAUUCCAACCCCUACAAGAGGACGCCGGCGCAGCUCUCYGGGGGCAGCGCCCCCGCUGCCUACAGCCCUCCCUCCUCCUCCCUGCUGGCGCCCCUCAACCUGCACAUGUACCUGGACCAGGCUCUGCUGCCGGCCGCCCUGGCCCCCGGCCGCCCCUUCGACUUCGGCACCUGCAUCGAGGAGGACGAGCUGGAGCACGAGACCAGCAGCCAGCCCUCGCUGACCACAGAGAGCUCGGAAUCGUCGCACUGCAUGUCGGGCAGCGGCUCCAGCGGCUCCGACAGCGGCUGCGUCUCCAGCGUCCCCCAGGAGAGCCUCUGCGAGGACACGGGCUCCCCGCCCUCCACGCCGCGCGGCUCGCAGCGCAGCCCAGCCGCCGAGGGCAAGCCCAAGUUCASCAGCAGCCAGUUCAUCUCUGCAGUAAGUGCGGGCGGCCGAAGGGCGCUCCUCRCUCUGCCCGUCACUGCUGCGGCCCCAGCUCGAGGCGCUGCCGCUCGCGGGGGAAUCGAAGCCGCUGCGUUGGGGCUAGGAGGGACGGGGGGGAAGUGA